AUGGUGGUACAAACGAUCGAGGGCAUCGUCACAAAAGCCGGCGUGAUGGCCAAGACGGUCACUGUAACAGUGGAGCGCCGUUUGAUACAUCCCAAAUUGCUCAAGCCUUACAUUCGCCACAAGAAAUAUCUUGUGCACGACGAGAACAACUCGCUUUCCGUAGGAGACAAGAUCGUCGCUUCAGCAUGUAGGCCACUCUCUGCACGCAAGCGUUUCACUCUCUUCGACAAGGUCGGCACUGAAGCGGAAGCAGAGGCACGAAGAGCGAAAGCAGAGAGCUUCAUGUCGGCAGAGGACAAGGAGAAGAUCCGCAUCGAGCAGCUGGUCAAGGACGAGAUUGCUAAACGUGGCGGUGGAAGCGGGUCCAAGCAGGCUUGA